AAACACACCAACAAAAAUGGCUUCAACCUUCAUUCUUCUUUUACUCUCCUUUCAACUAUUUUCCUCCUUUUCUGAAGCUGUUGUGCCUGCUUCAGACACAUUCACUUACGUUAACGAAGGUGAUUUUGGCGACUACAUAGUCGAAUACGAUGCAAAUUAUCGUGCACUUCCCCCUUUUACCAACCCCUUCCAGCUUUGCUUCUACAACACAACCCCUAACGCAUUUACUCUAGCUCUCCGUAUGGGUACGGUUCGAUCCGAAUCCCUCAUGCGUUGGGUUUGGGAAGCUAACCGUGGAAACCCUGUUCGUGAAAACGCCACCCUUACAUUCGGUACAGACGGCAACCUUGUCCUAGCGGAUGCUGAUGGACGGGUUGUCUGGCAAACGAACACUGCGAACAAGGGUGUGGUCGGGUUUCAAGUGCUUCCAACCGGUAACAUGGUUCUUCACGACGGUAAGGGUAAUUACUUAUGGCAAAGCUUUGAUUCCCCAACCGAUACUCUCUUGGUUGGUCAAACACUACGAGCGGGUGGUCCGAAUAAGCUUGUGAGUCGGCUUUCCGAGGUGAGCAACGUUGAUGGACCGUACAGUUUGGUUAUGGAGCCCAAAGGGUUAGCCUUGUAUUACAAAAGUCCCAACUCGCCUCGACCAAUGCUUUAUUGGUCUUCUAGCGAAUGGUUCACCAUUGACCAAGGGAGUUUAACCAAUUUAACUCUUACCUCAGUCCCAGACACUGAUGAGGGUUUUCUAUAUUACUUGACGUUCGAAUACUUUACCACAAACCCUACAUCAUCGUCAAAUCGCAACAUGGCGUUUUCGCGAUACAACAACACGUUAUCGUAUCUUCGAUUAGGGAUAGACGGAAACCUUAGAUUCUACACGUAUAACCCGAAUGUGCAAGGUGUGGCAUGGGAGUUAGUGUACACGUUUCUCGAUCGGGAUUCGAUGGAAGGUGAGUGUCAGUUACCGGGACGAUGUGGGAACUUCGGGUUAUGUGAGGACAGCCAGUGUGUGGCGUGCCCGACACCAAACGGCCUAAUGGGGUGGAGUAAGGAGUGCGAGGUGAAAAAGGUGACAUCUUGCAAAGCUAGCGACUUUGGGUACUACAAGCUUCAAGGGGUAGACCAUUUUAUGAUCAAGUACACGAGGGGAGAUGCGACCAAACAAAGCGAUUGUGAGAGCAAAUGCACAAAGGAUUGUAAGUGCAUGGGGUAUUUCUAUCACACGGAUAGUUCAAGGUGCUGGAUUGCUUACGAUUUGAAAACAUUGACGAGAGUUGGGAACUCGACUCAUUUGGCGUACAUCAAAACACCCAACAAGUAGUAGUGUCAUGAUCAACUUCUUUCUUUGCGUGUUAUGUUUUAUUUUUCGUGUUGUUAGAUGUGUAAUAAUUUAAUAAAUGUGUAUGGGUCAAAGAUAUGAUGAUCUAUCCUAUAAUUGACCUAAAGAUUGUAUGAUUAUAUUUUUAUUUUUAAUAAUUAAUAAAGAAAGUUAUCUUCA